GUCACACAGAGGUGACGACCAUCACCCCACCAUCCGCAGAGAGGAGGACUUUGACGAGGACCGUUUAUCUGGGGAAUAUUAUAGUGGGGAGGAGUUUUAUGAGGACGACAGUAUGCUGUCAGGGGACAGGUACCAGAACAGUGACACGGAGUACGAGACUCCAAAAGGCUACCAUCACCCUGACAGUUAUUAUGAUGAUGAUGAGCAGCCUCUGUACGGAGACUCACGAAGGUCACCAAAGAGAAGGCUGCUUCCAGCCACACCUCAAGGUCACAGAAGGCCGUCUUUUAACUUUGAGUGUUUGCGCAGACAAAGUAGCCAGGAUGAGCUUCCACAUCAGCGUACUGCUUUACCACUGCACCUUAUGCAGCAUCAGGUUAUGGCUGUAGCAGGCCUGGACUCCAGCAGAGCCCACUGCCUCUCCCCGACCCGCUCCACCCGCUCCUGGGCCACGCCUCCCGCCACCCCGUCCAGUAAAGACCAGUCGCCGUAUUACACGCCUCUCAUCCGUGUGGACCGCCCUCAGAGGGACAGUGCUGCUGGGAGCCAAGUUUCGGUGCGCAAGAGCUCCUGGUACACAGACGACCCUGAGUUCUCCCAGAGGACGUACUCACCUGUCCACCUUCAGGUACCACCUGAGUACCACAAUCAGUACCACCAGAAGAGAGGCAGCGCAACCAGCCUUGUAGAAGCGGUUUUGAUAUCAGAGGGUCUUGGGAGGUUCGCCAAGGAUCCCAAGUUUGUUGCUGCCACGAAGCACGAGAUCGCAGAUGCUUGUGAGAUGACAAUAGACGAGAUGGAGAGCGCAGCCAGCCACCUGCUGAGUGAAGGGAUGGCCCCCAGUAUCAAUGGGGUCAACGUGUUUCCCUUUUUAUCUCCAAGGGACUAUGAACUGCAGGACGCUGGAGCAAGCUACAGUGAUGAGGAGCCAGAGACAGAAGCCAGAGCUCCUUACGAGGAAGACCUGGCGGACGAGAUGAUCUGCAUUACGACUUUAUAG